AUGUCUGUGGGCUAUGCCGACGCGAAAUUCCCCAACCAGCCCCCGGACGCCAUUCCCCCUUCCCCCUCACGCGAGAACCCAGGAGCCGUGUACCCAAAGUCGGGUCCCAACGCGGCCCCCGCAGGGUCGGUGCCCGGCACAGGCGGCGAGGACGAGCCCUCGUCCGUGCUGGGCAACCCCUUCGCCUUCCAAGGCGCGCUCAACAAACUCGGCGGCGCCCUGAACGAGGUCAUCACCGCGCUCGAGGGCGAAGCCGGCAGGGCGGGCGUCGCGGAGAACGAGCAGCAGAUCCUGCGCAAGUUCCGCGCGUGGGCCGCGGAGCUCCGGGCUCUCGAGGGUCGAGGACAGCCUGGGGGACACGACUCCGAGCUGGUCAACCCGCAGGAGGGCCCGCUGUUCACGGACUGA